AUGAUAGUCGGGCGAUGGAAAGGGUCUGCUAAGGUGGGCUUGCCUUGCUUCCUUGACUACCACAUCGGGAAGCGGUAUCCCGGCUUUGGCUUGGUCCCAAUAACAUCCUUGAUCCUCAGCUGCCUCUGGAUUUACCUGAGGGCCGGACCAGAAGGUCGUGAGCGUUUGCGAAUGAUUUACACGGGGGCUGUCGUUCGGUUCGCCGUGUAUGGCAUCCUAAGCGCCAUCUUUCUCUGA